GGGUUUGUCACCCCAGGCCCCACCACACUAUCUCUGGAGGUGGAGUAGUCUUCCACUCCACAUCGACCAGACGGCCGUCUCGGAUAAUUGAAUUGCGCCUGUGCCUUUAAGAGUUUGAGAACAGCUUUCUGGAGGACUUCGCUGAGCGUCGCAGCGAAGUUACCGCGGUGUCCACCACCACGCACACCCACAAGUGUCUGUCCACACCAACCCGACCUAACUGAAGGAACACAAGCGGGCUCCUAAUUCCGUUAGAACACAAACAGCGAGAGAAGCGCACAGGCAGAGACCCUCUGAAUAUGAUGGAGCGAGGUGGCCUGCUUGGUUGACCUAUUCCAGGUCCCAGUGAUGGACAUUUCUUCGCCUGCAUGUUGUGGAGGAGACGUCCCGGCCCUUCCCAGAACCCAUGUUGGUCGUUAUGGCAACGCUGGAUGGUAACACUCCAGUUGAGACUCUGCUGGCCACCAUCCACCUCGGACGAUACCUGGGCGCAUUCUGUGAUGCUGGUCUGCUAUUGGCCAGAGACCUCAACCACCUUGACAACGAUGCCCUGGUCAGCCUGGGUAUAGCUGCCACCGGACACCGGAAACGAAUACUGCGAUUGCUCAGCUACAUUCAGAGGAGUAAUGAAAGUUCAAUGAAAGAAACCCCAAAAGCCAACCAGAAACCAGGGGUGGAGCUCUCCAUAGACCGUUGGCAGUCGGAUUCAGACAUUCACCGGUUGGACCCGGGAAAGCCGCGGCCCCCUCCGAAUCCGAGGAGACCCGAUAACUUCGAGGCGUUGCGCAACAGCUCAGCGCCCAACCUGGCCGCCAUGUUGACCUCCUGCUCCGCUGACUCCCCGAGUGUCGGCGCAGACAAACCGGCCGGCGCCAAACCGGUGCCCAAACCCAGGACUGUGUUUAACCGACGCAGGACGGCCCCCGUGCAGUUUCCCUCCCCCGGGCCGGACCCCCCGGCUCAACCCCCCCGACGGCUCUCCCAGGAGUCCAUCGGCUCGACCGCGUCGGAGGGUCCGAGCCCCCGCAGCCCCCGCCCCCCCCCUCGGCACAGCCUGGCCCAGGGGGCUCGGAGGUCCAGCUGCAGUUCGCUACAGUCGGACCCGGGGGGGGCGGUACCUCCCGUCCCCCCCAGACUGAGCCGUGGGGGUGCCUCCGCCGCGUCGGAGGCCCCCCCCUCCUCCCUCUUCUUCACCCCCCCCUCCUCCCUCUUCUUCACUCCCCCUAGCCCCGACCGCACACACCGGCUCUCCGGAGCCUCCCCGUCCAGCUCGCCCCGGGGCGACGGGAUGGAGAUGGUCUCCAACGAGAUCUACUGUGGCACUUUACCUGCCUCUGUCUCCCCUAGUGGCGGGAGGACGCACUGCAGCCAGCAGAACGUUCCCUUACCCCCGCCCAGACAACCGCUGGAGAGACGCACGUCUGACAGGAACAGCAGCAGCACUUUAAGUAACCGUUCCUCGGGGUCGACCAGGGCUUCUAAUGAAGACCUGGACCACGACAUCAGCCCAUACUGUGAAACCGUCUACCAAAGCAGAAAACCUCAUCCGAAUGAGGACCAGAGAACCAAGUCUAAUGGGAGAGAGACCAGGAGAGACGCAGACCAAAGCCCGGAGGAAAACAGGUCUCACAAGCUGUCCUGGCACAAGCGCCUCUCCCAGGCCCUGCACACCACCAGCCACCCCACCGACGCCCAGGGCUACAGCACGGUGGGAGAGCCCCUCCCCCCCUCGGCGCCCCCCCACGCCCGGCCCGGCCUGUACCCCGCGGAGACGGACGAGGACCUGGUCAUCUCCCCCUACGCCAGCUUCACCUCCCUGUCCGAGCCCAGCGCGCCCAUCAUCUGCAGCUGGCUGGACAAGCUCUCUCCUCAAGGCAAUUACGUUUUCCAGAAGCGCUAUGUGAAGUUUGACGGCAUAAACCUAAUGUACUUUGGCAGCGAAAAGGAUAUCUACCCCAAAGGAGUGAUCCCAUUGGCCGCCAUCCAGAUGGCCCGUUCUGCAAAAGACAACAAGUUUGAGAUAGUGACCAACCACCGAAUCUUUGUCUUCCGCGCUGAUAAUGAAGUCCUGCGGCUGCGCUGGGUGAGCACCCUCCAGGAGCGCGUGAAGAGGGAGCUGGUGUUCGGCCGGCAGCGGUACCGCCCCGGGGCCCUCUGCCAGAAGCACGGCUUCCUGGAGCUGAAGGGAACCAAGGCCCGGGUGUACACCGCCAUCGCCACGGAGCACAUCUGGCUGUACAAGAGCGAGCAGUGUUUCCAGGACGGGAUCGGCAUCACUCUGAUCGAGGCCCGGGGCUCGACCAUCAGGGACGCCAAACACAAAAGCUUUGAGCUCAUCACUCCCUACAAAACCUUUGGCUUCACGGCGGACUCGGACCAGGAGAAGCGGGGCUGGAUGGAGGCCCUGCAGGAGUCCAUUGCAGAGACUCUGUCGGACUACGAGGUGGCGGAGAAGAUCUGGUCCAACCGCUCCAACAGGACGUGUGCCGACUGCAAGGCCGUCCAUCCCGACUGGGCCUCCAUCAACCUCUGUGUGGUUGUGUGUGUGUGUGCAGGGCAGCACAGGGGACUGGGGACGAUGGUGUCCAAGGUGCAGAGCCUCAAGCUGGACACGAGUGUGUGGAGCAACGAGAUCGUUCAGCUCUUCAUCAUGCUGGGGAACGACCGUGCCAAUGAGUUCUGGUCUCCACGUCUCUCCGUCUCUGAGGAGCUGGACUCUGAUGCCGUGCCUGAGCAGCGCCGCAGCUUCAUCAUCCAGAAGUACCGGGAAGGCCAUUACCGCCACCCCCACCCCCGCUUCAGCAGCCAGGACCAGCUGCUCAAGGUGUUGUGCACAGCUGUGACGGAGCAGAACCUCCUGAAGACCGUCACUCAGAUCUUCGCCGAGGCUGAGGUGGUGCGGUUGGCCAUCGCCAACGGUUACGAACGCCGCUUCCCCCCUGACCUGGCCGACAGUUCAGACCCGGGUGUGUACGAUGAGAUAAUGCAGGCUGUACUCCAUUCUGGGUACCUCUACAAGUCCGGCUCCUCGAGUAGAGGCACCCUAUCACGGAAGACCAGAGAAGAUUUCCAGAAGUAUUGGUGCACGGUGGACAAGUCGUUGCUCCUCUACGAGUCGGAGCGCAGCCCAGACCCUUGCAUGCAGAUCUGGGUCAAGGACAUCCUUUGUGUCGGCGUGAGCAGACCCCAGACCAGCAAUAACAACAAUGGCUUCAUCGACAGGUUUCGCUACACCUUUGAGGUGUGCCUGCGCUCGGAGAAGCUGUACCAGUUUGGCCUGGAGACUCCUGAUGCCCUGCAGAGCUGGGCCAAGGCCAUCGGCAAGGCGGCUACGCCUCUCAGCUGCCAUUGCCUGCUGACGCGGGAGUUUGAGCGCGUGGGGGUCCUACGCUACAAGGCCAUGCUGGACCCCCAGUGGAAGGAGGCGUACUUUGUGCUGCAGAAGUCCAACCUGUUCAUCUGCCCCGGGAACGACGGAGCGGCCGAGGACAUCAUCAACCUCAACCGCCUGCAAGAGCUCAGUACGACGUCAGAGAGUGAGCACCAUGACAAGAAGGACAUCCUGGUGCUGGUGGAGAAGGGGAGGACGCUCCACCUGCAGGGUAUGGGCCGGGCGGACUUCGCCCUGUGGUACUCGGACAUCCAGCGGGCUGCGGGGGGAAGGGGAAACACCCUGAGGGAGCAGCAGCUCAGCCGCUCAGACAUCCCCAUCAUCGUGGACAGCUGCAUCGCCUUCAUCACGCAGUACGGCCUUGGCCACGAGGGAAUCUACCGGAAGAACGGCGCCAAAUCCCGGAUCAAGCUUCUGAUGGACGAGUUCCGCAAAGACGCCCGCAAUGUGAAGCUGCGCAUCGGGGACAACUUCAUCGAGGACGUGACGGACGUGCUGAAGAGGUUCUUCCGGGAGGUGGAUGACCCAAUCUUCAUGGCCGAGCUGCACCCUCUGUGGAAGGAGGCCGCCAAACUCCCUCAGAAGUACAGCCGGCUGGACCGGUACAAGGAGAUCAUCCGCAGCCUGCCCAGAGUCAACAGAACCACACUGGCUGUCCUGGUUGGACACCUAUACCGCGUGCAGCGGUGCGCGGACCUGAACCAGAUGUGCACGAAGAACCUGUCUCUGCUGUUCGCCCCCAGCCUCUUCCAAACAGACGGGAAGGGGGAGCACGAGGUGAAGAUCAUGGAGGACCUCAUAGACGAGUUCCUGUACGUCUUCGAUAUCGAUGAGGAGCAUCGCACCCAGAUAGAGCUGGAGAUGAGCCUCAUCACGACGUGGUCGGACACACAGCUCUCCCAGGCAGGAGACCUGAUCAUAGAGGUCUACCUGGAGAUGAAGAUACCCGACUGCUGCAUCACCCUUAAGGUUUCUCCCACCAUGUGUGCGGAGGAGUUGACCAACCAGGUCCUGUACAUGCGGAACGUCCCGGCCGGCGACAAAGACGUAUGGAUGUCGUUUGAGGCCAUCGAAGACGGACAGCUGGCGUCCCUUCACCCCAAGGAGAAGGUUCUGGAACAGGCCCUGCAGUGGUGCAAGAUGGCCGACCCCAGCUCCGCCUACCUCGUGGUCAAGAGGGUCCCUAAAGGAGAGGGCAUCAACAUCCUGACAUCCUACAAGAGUGAGAUCAUGAAGUUCGGUCUGCUGAAGUGCCGCGAGGAGCCGCCCAAACUUCUCCAGGGCACCCGCUUCCGGAGAUCCUUCCAGAUCAAGGACCACAAGCUGCUUCUGCUCAAAGACAAGAAGAGCAUUAAGCCUGAGAAGGAGUGGGCUCUGAAGACCAUGAAAAUCUACAUGGGGAUCCGUAGGAAGCUGAAAGCCCCUGGCAGAUGGGGUUUUACAGUGAUCUCAGAAAAAGACAAACACCAACUCUACCUGUGCUGUUGCUCUGAGGCGGACCUGUGGGACUGGGUGACCAGCUUCCUCAAGGCCCAGAACGAGGACCGCUGCCCUCCCGUGUUGAGACGUCACUCCUCCUCCGACAUCUCCAAGCAGAAGUUCGGCACCAUGCCUCUCGUACCGAUAAGAGGAGACGAGAGCAACUCCACUAUGCUCUCGGCCAAUCAGACGCUGAGGAAGUUACACGCCAGACGAACACUCUCCAUGUUCUUUCCCAUGAAGGUGCAGCAGGACUCGGUGGAGGAGCGUCCCGAGGGCCCGCCCCACCCCGCCCCCCCGGACCCCCAGGAGCCCGUCUACGAGGAGGUGGGGGACUUCGGCCUGCAGGUCCUCCACUCCCUGGAGUCCAGCUUCCUGUCGGGCCGGCCCCCCCCCGGCCCCCGCGACGCACCGGGCCCCCCGCUGGGCCUGGUGAAGACCUGCUCCCUGGACUCGGACCCCGGGCCCCCCCCCUCCUACCCCUCCGCCGGGGGGUCCCUGGACACGCUGGUCCAGAGCGGCGCCAGCAGCUGUGACGGGGACCCCGGGUCCAGCCACAGUCUGGACUCUCUGUCCGGGUCGUCCCCCGACUCCUCCGUCGUCCUCCUCCACCCGCAGGCGCAGUCGCACCCCGCGGCCAGGAGGGGGCAGCAGCGCCAGGGGCUGUGCACGCCCUCGCAGGAGCUGCUGCUGCGGGAGCUGUCGUCCGUCUUCAACAAGGACCCAGAGAACGGGGACGAGAGACACUACGACGGCUGAGAGAGAGAGAGAGAGAGGGAGAGAGAGAGAGGGAGAGAGAGAGAGAGAGAAGAGAGAGAGGAGAGAGAGAGAGAAAGAGAGAGAGAGAGAGAGAGAGAGAGAGAGAGAGAGAGAGAGAGGAGAGAGAGAGAGAGAGAGAGAGAGAGAGAGAGAGAGAGAGAGAGAGAGAGAGAGAGAGAGAGGCUCUAAGGGGUCAAUUAAGGAGUACAAGUCGCCUCACUGGCAUCCUGAAAUGUUCCCACAAUGCACUUCUUGGUUCUCACGUUCAGUCUUUAGUGAUCUCGUCGGUGCUGUUGAUUUAGACUCAACGCACGGGGACGGGAACUCUCAACUCACCGACGGCGUCGGUGCUCUGCUCAGAGACAACCUCCAACAGGGUGGAGUUUGAGCAGGGUUCUGACGGACGUAGAAACUCCCACCAACGGGGACGAAGCUGUCGGAACACGUGGGAUAGUGAUAUAUGUGAGUUACUGCCACACACUGUUUUUUGCCUGAUGAUCCAACCGAAUGAGAGACACUUCGAUCAAUUGUGAAUGAAACGACGGGAUCAUCUUUUGCAAUGGCUUUAAUAACCCAGCUUUAAUACAGAAAUCAAUCCCAAAAAACUACUGACUAACUAUAUUAAAGUAUCUUAUCAGAUGGAUCGGAGAAGUAUGUGUAUAUUGUAUAUUUACAUCCUAUUAUCUAUUCGUAACAGAAACGGCUGUACAAUAGAUGUAUAUCGAUUUGAAGAUGUAGUCUACACACUUGAAAUACGUUCCUAUUAUAUCUAGCCCUAACGUUGUUCGACCAUACAUAUCAUAAAGAAAGGAAGUGGGGUUCAAGUUGAACCAUAAUAAAUAAAAGAACAUUCUUAUUUUUGAAUGAAAUGGCCAUCUGCUAGCACUAAUUGCUAUGUCUUUGUAAAAUUAAAUGUAAAUAGUAGUGAGUGACUCACUGAGAAUAAAAAUCAAGGAAAUAGCUUUACUUCUCAACAAAAUAAAAGCUUGUUAUGUUUUACCUGGUCUGAUACUGGUAGGUUAUCAAUCCCUUUAGGAAGGAGAGAUUUAUUUUUCAUUUCUCAUUUAUUUUUAUUUACUCACGGCAGUUCUGAUUCACCCAACUAUCAUUUUAUAUCCGUUAAUUUAUUUAUGAAAUCCAUAUGUGGUUGCAGUUACGCAUUGUGACCACUAGAUAUCAGUAUAGAUCUAUUAUAGAUCUCCCGAGAUCUGCAUACGAUGGCGUUCAAAAAAUAGCACAAAACCGACAGUAUUACAACAUUGAUGUUCAAAAGGGAGUGAGAGUUAAUGCAUUUGUUUAACUAUUCUCUUAAAAUCGAGCCAUAAUAUGGCUAGAGCUUCGAUGUAUUUUACUGAUGUAACUGAAAAGUACAAAUACCACUUAAUGAUCUUAAAUGCUUGUUUGCUUGCUUUACGAUUCAUUACUCUUACUUUGUUGUGUAUAUUUAGUAGGAUUCAACACUGCCAGCUUUUUGCAUUUUAUGUUCAGUGGGGAGAUCUUGUGUUGCAUGUGUGUCCUCUUACAAUGCUAUAAAACAUACACAAAGGACUUUAUUAAAAAGUGCAAAAGUC